GUCCACUGUUUUCGAAGAAGGAUCAGUUAUACGCCUUAUGCAGUCAAAAAAGCUAAACUUGGAGAAUUAGCCCUGAGGGGAAGUAGCAUCUGGAGCAUACGUGCGCCAGUCGCAACUGGGUUGGCAUAUGGUG